GCUCGUGAGAACUUUGUCAAGAACACUGUCCGUGAGAUGUGGAAGAAGCGCGCGGGUGACAACGAGGCCGCCAUCUGCUACAACAUGGGUUACGCGGUGUCCGACACGACCAAGGUGCGCGAGUUGAGCACUGUCGAAUUCAAGCUUGGCAGUUUGAUGACCGACUACGACUGCUUCUUCAUGAGUGGCCCGGACAACCACUUCGAGUCUCAGGGCGACGGAGGUUACAUCAACCUGGGCGUCAUGUCUAACGAUGGUUACUGCACUUUCGACGGAGCUACUGAUGAUGUCUACUGCAAAUAA